AUUAGUAUAAGCACGGAAUUAGAUUUAAUACCGUGGUAUAAGUGGGUGCCAUAUCUAGUGGGGUGCGAUAAUAUAUCACAUAUUCCAGAACGUGAGCACCUACGAACUGGACCACAGGUGACAGACAAGGCUAGUACCUGUGACUGGAUCGCUUUCGUUUAUCGCAAUCCAAACGUUUGAACGGGUUGUGACCAGAGUUGUGCAUCGAUGAAAUAGUGUUGGACCAUUAGUAAUCUGAUGCUGCUUUCAGGCGAGCCUUGACCAAGCCUUGCAAGGCCUAUUCAUAAACUUUUGCAUAUCCGCCAGCCAGCACUGAAGUGAUGGAAGUUAACUGACAGAUCCAGACUGUAAAGGGGGAUUGUAAAAAAUCCAAAAGUCAGAAUGUCAAUUCAUUCGGCAGAUGAUCUGAUUCAGCUUGCGGAAGCAUCUGAAAGGGUUCGAGCUGGACGUGUUGGGGUCAUUGGGCAGAACAUCAUUGCUGGGGCACCUGGACCAGAUGGAGAUAAAGAGGUUGAAGGUCAGAGUGAAGAUGGAAACCAAGGUCAUGCACAGGUCAGAGGUCAAGGGGACAUUGUACAGUCUAUAUGUAUAGAAUCAAACAAUGAAGGUUAUGAAGGAUCUGACCAGAUUGUAAGCAUUUCUGGCGGAGGCCAGCAGACACAGACAAUCAUUUUACAGGAAUCUGAGGAGCUGGGAAGCCUUCUUCAAGAAGCUGGAGUUGUGCAUAUCAUUGUACAAGAUGAGGACGGAACCAGCAAUAGCAACAGCCAAGGGGAGACAACUGCAGUCAUAGCUGACAACAUUGGAGAGUUGCUGGACAGAAUAGCUAGUAUCACUGGUGAAUCUGUCAGUCAGGAGAUUAUAACAACAUUUUCUAAGGACGAACCAAGUUCUGAAGGUACAGGUGAAGAAGAUAUCGUGGAUAGAAUUACGGGAAAUGAUGGUAUAAAAGGAGAAAUUGAUGAUAUGCAGAGUAGUGGGUUUAUUAUCCAUGAAGGGGAACAGUAUAAUAUGUCUAUUACACAAAAGGGUGAAGAGUACAGUGUAACUGUUGUACAGGGAGGUGAACAGAACAGCCUUCAAGAAGUACAGAAAAGUGAACAUUCCAGCAGCCCAGACGUCAAGUUAGAAGAGGAAAACGAUGAAACGAUGCACACUGAGGAUACUUUAGGAGAGCACAAUGAUGAAGGCACUGAAGACGAAGCUUCAGCAAACGAAGAAGCUGAGGAACCUGGCAAGAAGAAGAAGAAGAGAAAGAAAAAGAAAAAAAUAUUUAAAAAAGAUAAUGCUAUCAAUACAAGUCCAGACAAGAUAAACAUUGAGAAUGAAGACACAUCGGGAGUAAAGCGAGUCCGUCCAAUCAAGUGUGACGGAUGUAGUGAAACAUUCCAGGAUCAGGUUACAUUUAAGGCUCACAGGCUGGAGAGUGGAGAGAGGCCACACACAUGUGACGAGUGUAAACUGGACUUUGUCUGGAAGGUCGAUCUUGCCCGACACAAUCGUGAAAAACAUGUAUACAUGUGUGCCGAAUGUAGCAAGUUGUUUCCAACCAAGACUACACUAGAUCUUCACCUGUUUCAGACCCACAACAAACCGACACCCCACCGCUGUCAUGAUUGCAAUAAGAAGUUCCAGUCUGCAGAGGCGCUAGAAGAACAUGUCAAAUGCCACCAAAACGACCCCAAAACCAAGUGUGAAACCUGCGGUAAGACAUAUGUUACCAAGUACCUGCGUCAACACAUGCUUCAGCACAAUGGCACCAAACCUUACAUCUGUGAUAUUUGUGGAAUGGGAUUCACCACUAAGCGGUCUGUCACCUUCCACAAGACGAUUCACUCUGGGGAUAAGCCUUAUGAAUGUGACAUCUGUCACAAGACGUUUCGUCUGGAGGCACUCGUACGAUCUCAUAAGAGGACACACAUGAAGAGUAAACCAUUUCUGUGUUCUUUCUGCGGGAAAGGUUUCACCUCAAACUCAGACCUACAGCGCCACCUACAGGUUCACACAUCAGCAUGGAAGUUCAAAUGUUCCAUAUGUGAUCAGGGUUUUGGACAAAAAGGUCAGCUUGAUACACAUUUCCGGAAACACACUGGUGAGAAACCAUUUAAAUGUGAUCAAUGUCCCUGUUCCUAUCGAAGCUGGAAAAGUCUAAAAGAUCACAAGAAGACUCACUUGGAUGUUAAACCGUACAUGUGUGAGGUUUGUGGAAAGGGAUAUAUUCGCAACGCUCUGCUCCAGCAGCACAUGCAGAUUCAUGCGAAAGCUGAGAUCAAAUGCAAAACCUGUGGAAUCAUCAUCGAACGGUUGGAUUUGUAUCGGGAACACAUGAAGGAACAUAGGGAGGAGAAGGAGAAAUUAUGUAACUAUGAAUGCCAAAUUUGUCAGAAAAAAUUCUAUAUUCAAGUUCGUUACCAGAGACAUCUUGAUCUUCAUGCUGAAAGAGGACAGACAAUAUUCCCAUGUAACAUCUGUUCGAAGCGAUUCAAGUCUCAGGCAAUUUUAGACUCUCACCGACUGAAAAAGCACAAUUGUCCUCCUUCUGAUGUAGCAAUGCAACAGCAACAGCUCCCCCAGCAGCAGCAGCAAGCUGCUCAUUAUCUGGAAAACUCGCAACAACAGACUCAACAUCCACAGCAACAGAUGCAACAGCCACAGCAACAGCUUUCUGAGUCUCAGCUUCAUCAUCAACAUUUACAGCAGACACCCCCACAGCCUCAUCAACAGCAGCAGCAUAUUUCACAGCAAUCUAUUCUAGCCCCACAGCACCACAGCCAGCAAUCCCAACUCUCACAUCCACAAAAUCCUCAGCAGCCUCCUCAACAGUCACUACUUAAUCACCAUCAAAUGUCCCAGCAACACCCCCAACAGUCACUUCUGGCUCCACAACAGAAUUCUCAACAGCACCUUCAACAAUCUCUACUUCCUAAUCUACAGAAUUCUCAGCAAAUUCCUCAUCUUCAGAAUUCUCCUCAACAACUCCAGCAGUCACUGCUGUCAGAACAGCAAGUUUCUCAACAAUAUAAUGAACUGUCGCAACUUUCUCAUCUUCAAACUCCUCAGCAGCCUCAUCAACAGUCUCUCCUGUCUCACCAAUCAUUGCUUGUCCAGCAAAGCCAGCAUUCUGUUUCUCCCCUACAGAACCCUAACAACCAGGUAAUGGAUCAUUCCGUGUCACCCCUACAGAACCAUACCCAGGCCAUGGAGCAGACCGCCAUACAAGUGGCACCGCACUCAAUGCAAGGAAACAUCUUCACCUGUACACUGUGCCAAAGGACAUGUGACAAUGCCGAAAAAUACGAGAGCCAGCGAACCCCUGGAAAUUUCAUCUGUAUCAAGUGCCAUCUUAAGGAAGGCUCGUCCAUGAAUAAAAUCCGAUACAAAUGCGCAAUCUGUGACCGGUUAUUUAUAGACCUUCAGAAGGCCCAGCUGCAUAGUAAGGCCCAUGCAAAUACUCCAGAAGUGUCCGUCAGUGUUACCGACUCAACUGAACAGACCUACAUGGUACAGAUCGUUGAAGGUGACGGUGAAAAGGGAGGUAACAAGGUCAUUCACUACUGUGAUAUAUGUGGAAAGGGUUACACGUGGAUUAACAGUCUUCACAGACACAAGAAACUCCACUGUACAGAAAAUCUUAAGAUCAAGAACACGAGCUUCAAGAACUAUAAGUGCGAAAUUUGUGGGAAGGGAUUCACUUGGAGGUCUAAUCUGAACCGCCACAAGCAAACACAUCGCGACAAGAUUAUUUAUAUUUUCCGUACGGACGGCGAGGAUAUGACUCUGGAGGAAGAUACCGCAGCAACUGAUAAACCAUUCCAUGUGACCGGUAUUGAGGGAACCGAUUAUUUGGAAAUGGAUUCCACAUAUGAGGAUCAUUUGGUCGAGGAACAGAUUGAAAAUAAGGAUGUUGAUAAGACAUUUACAUGUGAUGUUUGUGGAAAGUCUUUCUUGUGGCAGAAUAGUAUGAUAACUCACAGAAACUCACAUUUCGUUUUCAACAGUCAGCCAAACAUUGGGAACACCAUGACUUACUCCAACAACAUCCCUAGCCUCACAACAUCUCCGAAUAAGAUGGAACAGAUGGGCGACCAGAGCAGCCUUGGGAACAUGAUCCCAGCCAGUAACACUAUUGUAAUACAGUCGUCGGUGAACAAUUUGAUGACUGUGAACAAUCCCGGUAUAGCUCAAGUCGUGUCCAAUGUACACCACCCUAACAGUAACACUGGCAACAUUAACACCGUGGACGCCGUCGUUCAGGUGGUACAGACGGACUACAUCUGCGACGUGUGCGGAGGUGACUUUUUCACACAGAAAAAUUUAGAAGCUCACAAACAAGUCCACCUGAUACCAGAAGUGGUCAUAGGCUAUUCAGAAACUAAUCACAUGGAAUAUCCGGCACUUCCCUCCGAUAAAAAAUUUGCCUGUGAUGUCUGCGGUAAAGGUUUCAGCUGGAGUAACAGUUUAAGUCGUCAUAAACAGGUCCACAAACGGCAGGUCUCGUCUUUGAUUCCAGGUACAAGCCUGUCCGAGCAAGAAGACAUGCAGAAGCCAUUCAAGUGUGACUACUGUGGAAAGGGGUUUGCACGUCGUGAUAACUUGAACUAUCAUAGACGAAUCCAUCAGGGUGCUAAGCCAUACAGCUGUCACAUUUGUGGGAAGUCGUUUAACUGGGGUUCGUAUUAUAAACAGCACAUGGUCAUGCACAAGGGGGAUAAACCGUAUGUAUGUAAGUUCUGUGGGAAGGCGUAUGCCUGGAAUCUUUUGUUACAAAACCACUUGAGGACUCACACUGGAGAGAAACCAUUUCAGUGUGAGAUAUGCAAGAAAAAUUUCCGUCAGAGAUCUCAUUUGGCAGUACACAUGAGGAGCCAUUCGGGUGAAAAGAUGAGCAAAUGCGAUGUCUGUAAUAAAAAGUUUUUUGAUUCAUCCUCACUCAGACGUCACAUGAGAAUUCACUCAAAGGAGAAGCCAUACAAAUGUGAAAUAUGCAAUAAACAGUUUUCAGAUAGUUCCAAUCUAAAAAGCCACAUGCGAAGACAUACCGGGGUCAAACCAUUCGAAUGUGGCGCCUGUGGAAGAAUGUUCAGUGUAAAACAAAACCUAACGCGUCACUUCAUCAUACACAGAAAAGAAGAAGCCAUGGCCAAGGAGAGGGCAGGAUUGACUGGGAAAAAGUCAAAGGAAAAAUCGUGAAAUACCUAGUACUACUGAGGUAGACUUUUUCUGAACAAUAUACAGUAAUGUCUUAUGUCUGAUUAAUUAGAUACUGUGAAAAUAUAGAAAAGGGUGGAAAAAAAAAGAUAGCAUCCGUAUGCGUACAAGAUUAUUUUUUUCCCGGUGAAAUGUACAUCAUAUACAUCAUAUACAUAUAUGAUGUACACUUCACCGUCUGUUCCCGAAGGCACUAUUUAGAGAACUUGUUAGUUUUUGUCCUAAAGACAUAAUAUAUAAACUUGCUGAAAGCACUAUAGAUAAAGACCACUUUUUUUUCAACUCUGAAGGCACAAGAGAGAAGACAUUUUUGAUUCUCCUAGUGCAUGUAUUGGGUAAUUGCUAACAUAAAUCUUGUAAGUUUUACACUGAUGUAAAUGUGAAUUUUUGAGCUGAAAAUGCUUGGGGGGGGGGGGGAAACACUCGACGCCCAUUCUCACUUAUCAUGCGCCAUUAACCGAAAAUCAUGUCGCAUGAUCUUUUCACCACCUAUAAAAUAGCCUAUAUGUUAAAAACUAUAGUUCACUGUUUUAACAUUGAUGUUUUCCAAACUCAUACAAUUUUUUUAAUGAAAAUGUACGGUAAUUUUUACAUGAACAUGCCAAUAUACUCAAUUAAUCAUUGUCGCGUCACUUUUUCUGAUACAAAAAGCUUUGCAUUUGUGUUCAGUUUAAGUUUACUUAUAUCCAAACCAAAUUUGAUUAAUUCAAUAUCAAUAAUUUAAGCUAAAACAUUAUUUUUUAGCGAUUAUCUACUGUCGCAAAAUGUCAUGCCAGAUACGUUACUAAACAAAACACCCAUAAUACAAGCAUUUAUUAUCAGUAAAUACAAGUUUGAAAAUAUCUUGGUAUAUUGACUCAAGGUUUCUUAUAUCGCAUAUAAAUCCAUCGACAUUAGUUCCAUAGACAUAUAUCAAGUAUCCUGUAUGAAACUUGGUAUUCAUGGUUUGUCCGUUAAAAUCUCAACAGAUACGUGACCUGUAUUUGGGUUUUUUAUAGCUUACACUAUACAACUGAAGUAUAGUGAUAUUGUAUACAGUUAAAUAGCAUUAUAUUGUGUUAUCAAUGUACGUAUCAAACAAGUGAUUCCAUUUACUUUACCAAUACUAACUCCAUGUUUUUGUUAUGCCCUAAUUACCACUUUGUAAAAUAGAUAUUUACAGGUGAGCAUCACAUUUGUUACAGCUCUGGAUGAUUUUUUUUCAAAUUGAUUUUGAAAAAUAUUAGUGAGUUGUUCACCCUUUUCUCAUAUACCAUGUGCAAAUAAAUUUUCAUUGCAUUUUAAUUUUUGUCUUUUUCGUCCUCAGUAAUGAGGGGAAAUUAAUCAUUGCAUUGACAUUAGGAAAAAGCCUAAUUAACUCAUUCACCCCUGAAAUUUCAUAAUGAACUAUUCCAACUUUUUAUUUGGAAGAGUUCAACUGUGCCU